AUGGGUGAUCUUCAAGUGACUUUGUUACAAGGUUCUUUGAGAGGAAAAGAGCAAAUUAAUGAAAAGGGAAAUGUGUUUUAUAGUUAUUCUGGAAUUCCAUAUGCCAAACCUCCAGUUGGUGAUCUAAGAUUCAAGCCACCUCAACCUGCAGAACCUUGGUCAGGUGUCCUUGAUGCUACUAAAGAAGGGAAUAGUUGUAGAUCUGUACAUUUUAUUAAAAAGAUUAAAGUAGGGGCUGAAGAUUGUCUAUACCUCAAUGUCUAUGUACCAAAAACAUCAGAGAAAUCCCUUCUUCCAGUAAUGGUAUGGAUACAUGGAGGAGGCUUCUUUAUGGGAUCUGGAAAUAGAGAUAUGUAUGGUCCUGAAUAUUUGAUGGAUUAUGGAAUUGUUUUGGUUACUUUCAAUUAUCGAUUAGGAGUAUUGGGAUUUUUAAACCUGGGAAUCGAGGAAGCGCCUGGGAAUGUCGGUUUGAUGGAUCAGGUUGAGGCACUAAAAUGGGUAAAAAACAACAUUGCAUCCUUUGGUGGUGAUCCCAACAAUGUGACAAUUUUUGGAGAAUCAGCAGGUGGUGCAAGUGUUCACUAUUUGAUGUUAUCAGAUCUUUCUAAAGAACUUUUUCAUAAAGCAAUUUCGCAAAGUGGAAGUGCUUUUAAUCCUUGGGCACUUCAGCAUGAUAAUAAUAAAGAGAAUGCAUACCGACUCUGCAAACUUCUGGGUCAUCCUACCGAUAACGAGGCAGAAGCUCUAAAAAUCCUUCGCCAAACUUCCAUAGAUGAUCUCAUAGAAAACAGAGUAAAACCAGAAGACAAAGGUCAACUCAUAAUAGACUAUCCUUUUCUACCAACAAUAGAAAAACGUUAUCCAAAUUUUGAACCAUUCCUGGAUCAAUCUCCACUAUCAAAAAUGCAAUCAGGCAAUUUCACAAAAGUACCAUUCAUAUGUGGAUACAACAGUGCUGAAGGAAUUUUAGGUUUAAUGGACUUUAUGGAUGACCCAAAUAUAUUCGAGAAGUUUGAAGCUGAUUUCGAAAGAUUUGUACCAGUUGAUUUGAAUCUUACUUUGAGGUCUGAAGAAUCUAAAAAACUUGCUGAAGAAAUGAGAGAGUUUUAUUACCAGGACGAACCUGUGUCAUCUACCAACAAUAAAAAAUUUGUCGACUUGAUUGAUCCUCAUAUUGAAGGAGCAGCUCAUGGGGAUGAGCUAGGAUAUCUUUUUAAAAUGAGUUUUACGGAGUUUCCAAAAGAUUUACCAAGUGCUGUGGUGAAUAGGGAACGAUUGUUGCAACUUUGGACAAAUUUUGCCAAAACUGGAAAUCCUACUCCUGAGAUCAAUGAAGUUAUAACAACAAAAUGGGAUAAAGCUACUGAGGAAAAAUCAGAUCAUCUGGUUAUCGAUAAUACGAUGAAAAUGAUUCCAGAUCCUGAUAGUUUUUUUUUUAAUAUUAGUGUUGAUUUUACAAUAUGUGAACCUCAAGUUACAAUUCAGCAAGGAACACUUUUAGGAAAAGAAUUGAUCAGUGAGAAAGGAAAUGUUUUUCAUAGUUAUUCAGGAAUUCCUUAUGCAAAACCUCCUCUUGGGGAACUAAGAUUUAAGCCUCCUCAACCCGCAGAACCAUGGUCAGGUGUGCGAAAUGCUACCCAAGAAGGAGAAGCUUGUAGAUCACUUCAUUUUAUUACUAAUAUUAAGAUAGGUGCUGAAGAUUGUCUAUUCCUCAACGUCUACGUCCCAAAAACAUCCGAAAAACCUCUUCCUGUAAUGGUAUGGAUACAUGGAGGAGGAUUUUAUCAAGGAUCAGGCGACAGUGAUUUAUAUGGUCCUGAUUAUUUAGUGGAUUAUGGGGUUAUUUUGGUCACAAUUAAUUACCGAUUAAGUGUUCUUGGAUUUUUGAAUUUGGAGAUUGAAGACGCACCUGGGAAUGUCGGGCUGAUGGAUCAGGUCCAAGCCUUAAAAUGGAUCAAAGAAAAUAUUGCUGCAUUUGGUGGUGAUCCUGACAAUGUGACUAUUUUUGGAUCAUCAGCUGGUGGUGCAAGUGUGCAUUAUUUAGUGUUAUCAGAUCUUGCCCAAGGACUUUUCCACAAAGCAAUUUCUCAAAGUGGAGUUGCUUUUAACCCUUGGGCACUCCAACACGAAGACACCAAACGGAAUGCCUUUGAGCUCUGCAGACUUUUGGGACAUCCCACAGAAAAUGAACAAGAAGCUGUACAAAUACUUCGUAAUGCCUCCAUUGAAGAUCUUAUAGACAACAGAGUAAAACCAGAUGACAAAGGUCAACUGUUUCUUGAUCAUCCAUUUUUACCAUCAAUAGAAAAACGUUUUGCAAGUUUUGAACCAUUCUUGGAUGAAACGCCGGAAUCAAAAAUGAAAUCAGGAAAUUUCAAUAAAGUUCCUUUUAUGUUAGGCUAUAACAGUGCUGAAGGAAUUUUAGGUUUGAUGGAUUUUAAAAAUGAUUCAAGUAUUUUUGGAAAGCUGGAAGCUGAUUUUGAGAGAUUUGUACCUGUAGACUUAAAUCUCACUUUGAGAUCUGAACGUUCAAUAAAAUUGGCUAAAGAUAUGAGAAAGUUCUACUACAAUGAUGAACCUGUUUCAUCAAACAAUACAGAACAUUUUGUUAGUUUACUAGGUGAUACUUGGUUUUUGAGAGGAAUUAAAAGAGCUGCACAAUAUGCAAUCCAAAACUCUGCAGAACCUAUAUAUUUAUAUAUUUACUCGUUUGAUGAUUUUGGAUUUUUGAAAAAAAUCAUACUAGAUCCUCAUUUACCAGGAGCUGCUCACGGUGAUGAGCUUGGUUAUUUAUUCAAAACAAUUUUUACUGAUUUUCCAAAAGAUUUACCAAGUGCUGUUACAAAUCGGGAAAGACUAUUGCAACUUUGGACUAAUUUUGCCAAAACAGGAAACCCAACUCCGGAAAUCAAUGAUGUACUACCAGUGAAAUGGAAACCAGCUUCAGCAGAAAAACAGGAUUGUUUUGAUAUUGGCAACGAAUUAAAAAUGAUUUCAGAUCCUGAUGAAAGUCGUUUGCAAUUUUGGGAAGAGUUUUUAUAA